AGUUUUUGCCAAUUUGGUUGCACACUGUUAUGGCAUGCCCAGCUGCAUGUUAAUUUUGUUAGUGUUAAAUAAUUAGUGUGAUAAUGUUAUGGGAUAGGAUUACAUACAUAUUUAGCUGGUAUUACAUAAGUUAGUUGAAUAUAUCAGAACUUGUUGCAAUGGCAGAUGGUGCGCCACCACCACUGCCUCCUAAGCAAAAAAGUGGAGCGUCUUCAAGUCACAGACAGAACAUGAAUAAUAAUGGCACAUCUCAGCAUGUGUACUCAUCAGAAGAGAAGGCACAAGCCUUGCUCGAGGAAGAACAAGCAUUUCAGCGCAUCAAGCAACAAAAGGAACAGCAACAGAAAAACAUUUCGCGCUCGUUCUCGGCUGGUGCAAAUGACUGCACAAGGCCGCAAUAUGGCAGCAACAGUCAGCUGUCCACAAAGCCUGCUAUAACCACUGCCUCCAUCACCCCUCCACCUGUUUUGCCUCGCUCUAAUAGAAACUUGAAUAUCACUGUCACUGCUACUAAUGCUGAGCCAAACUCAGAAAUAGAAGAUUUAAUGAGCUUUCAAAGCCCAGAAAAACCCAAAAAUGAUAUAUUUGAAAUGAUUCAAAAUUUGAACGCUAAUCUCCAUAGAUCUCUCGUACCUGUGAGUAGUACAACUAUGGGUCCAGCUAAUCAAGGUUACCAGACUGCCUUACUCCCAGGUGCCUUCAAUCACUCUAAUGUGCAUGGUGCUGCUGGCUUAUCAAAUAAAAAUUUAACUCCAAUGAACGCUCAAGAAAUGAAUUCAAAUAUGAUGCGUGCUCCGCCUCCUAUUCCUAGUAGAAAUGCAGUUUUUGAUCCAAGUAGAGUUAGUUUAUUCGUGAAUCAGAUGAAUCAAACGUCGAGUAUUGGAAAUUCUUUCCCAUCCAAUGCAUCCAUUUCAUCCUCUUUUGGUUAUACUGGUGGAACUUCUCCGAUAACUGCUACGAUUCCCUCAUCUUCUUAUGGCUGUACUGGUGGAAUUUCUUCUCCAGCCAAUUUUCCAAUUUCAUUAUCCACUGGUACUGGUACAAUUUCUUCCCCAGUGAGUGCUAUUAAUCUCCUUUCUCAUAACGCUCAUGGGUGUUCUUCUUUUAGUACUACUUCUUAUAUAAACUCCACCAACUUUCCCUUCAACGGAAACUUUCAUUCAGUUCCUUUCACUUGCAAACCUAACAUUCCUCUGAUUAUUCCUGCCAAAACUUUGCCUCCUCCUGAGCUCAGCCUUGCUACCGUGUCCAUCGCAACUUCUACGUCAGGCAUUACUACCCCUACUUCGGUGACAACUGUGACGACAUCAUCAGUAUUAGCAGCGGCUCCGUCUAUCAAACAAAAACGAACAAGUAAACGAUCAGGAGAUUUGAUGGAAUUCGUUAGCAGUCCCCCUCGUACCGUUUCAUCUCAUCGCGAUGUUAAUAGCGUUCUUUUUGACUUCGAUCCUCUCGUGGACCGUGGCUUUAGCUCGUGUGACUCAAGUCAGGCUGUGAAAAGACUUAGCACUAACUCUACCAUCCCCGAAGACGAUUCAUUUUCUAGGAAAGUUCAGGGUGUUGUGGUUUUGAGCUACGAAGCUUCAGAAAUGCUUCGUUUUAAAGAGAUGAACAUACGUUCGGUAGGUGACGAUGAAGCAAGCAAUUACUACGAACACGUUGACCCUUUUGAAUAUAUGAGACCUGAUGGAAGCUGUCGCUCUGACCCUGUUUACGAUGCGUAUGACGGGCUAAGGAGCCCUACGAAUGUGACCGGUGACACUUUCGACGUUCCUCCGCCUAUACCACCACGAGCUUCCUCUCCAGGAGAUGCCACUCCUGCUGCUGUUUCUGAUGAGCCCCUGGCGAGAACUUCAGGCGUUCGUAAAUGCCCUCUUAAGCGAAAGCAGUCUAUAGUGGACGGGCAGUGGACGCAUGGCGUGAUCACACUCAGCAAGACGGACUCGCUGAAGGCGGAUGACGAAGCUGUGGACUUUUGGAACUCCAUCAAGCAGAUGAGAGAACACUAUGGCCAUGAAGACAUUCUGGGCAACCCUGGUCUACUGCACAGCGCGUGUCUCGAUGGCCUCGUGAGCUCGUCUCUCAGCGUCAAACUUCAGAUAUUUUACAGCGAUCGCGACCCUAUUGUCUUCUGCUCCAACUUGGACGCCAACGUGGAGCACAUUGUGAUGCAGGCUCUCGUGUCCUUGGAUCUCUCCGAAAGUUCCUCCAAUUUCCUGCUCAAAGUACGUGGAGUAGAAGAAUAUUUAUGUGGCCUGACGACGCUGGGUGAGAGCGUGUACGUGCACGGGUGUGUCAAGUACGACAACGACGUGUUGUUCACACUCGUACGUGCCCAGGACGUGCCCAAACCCUACCUUAGAACCGCUGCUGAUGAUGAGCGGGUGGCAUCACUGGCGGUUGAGUCGUUGCUGUCAGCCGGCGGUACGCAGGUGCUACACUACGACCGUCUGCACAUCGCUAUUGAGCAAUUCGAGCGUGAGCUGCAGAACCUUCAGAAGAGCGGCUUCCUGCUGGCGGGCGGCACACCCUUGCAGGACCUGCCCUCCGCCAUGCGAUCGUCCAACGUCACCCAGGGAGUUCUGGACGGUGAAGACAUGACGUGUCUGGGGGAGGCGCCCUCCAGUGGAGGAGGUAACCUCAUCACAGGCAGCGAGGACGCUGAUCCUGAGCUGCUCAAAGGGCGUCUCAGGGACGCCACCAGCAGGCUGUGCAGCGCCCUUACGUCCUUCCUCAGGAUGUAUUCCCGCGCCUUCAGGGUCGACUUCUAUGUGCCUCGCGUCGUCGAGUUAUCUGCGGAGCCCGUGGACAGUCGUACGGUGCGUGAUCAGAUGAGCGUACGUGUACGUGGAUUGCACCGUCUGAGCAGCACGUGGCGGUACGACGAAUACUUCGUAGAGGCGCAGCUGUACCACGGCUCCCGGUGCAUUGGAGAGGCUCAGCUGUCGCCUAAAGCGAGGCCUACUGUUGGCCUACGCUGCUAUCCGCUAGUGCCUUUCAACUUUACCUUGGACAUCAUGGCCCGGGUAAACAUCCUGCCACUAGAGAGCCGGCUGGUGCUGACAGUGUUUGGUCUGCGUCAGCUCACCAACGCUGACGGUGACGCACCGCGCUACAUCAGGGAGGAGGUGGGGUGGACCGCCCUCCAGUGCUACUCCUUCGACAGUUGUCCGCUGCUGUGCGUGGAGCUACCAGAAUACGACAGCGAAGUUGUCUUCCCUGAAGUCACUCCGCUACCUCCUCAGCUUCUGAACUUCGCUGACCUCGACAUCAACACUCAACAGCAACUCAAAGACAUCUGUGAACGUGAUAUCUUCACUUUCAACAGGAGUUCAGCUGACGAGCGGGAGGUGCUGUGGGAGAAACGGCACUACCUUCACCACGAACCCCACGCUUUAGCCAAGGUGCUGCUAGCCGCACACUCCUGGGACGCGUCAUGUCUGCCAGACCUGCACAGCCUGCUGCGUGACUGGUGCACCCUCACCCCUGCCCACGCCCUCCCUCUACUGCUGCCUAGGUCAGAGGGUACAAAUAUGAGUGGAUCGCAGGGUUCGUGCGUACAAGACGCGCGCUACAGACGCCGGCUGAUGCUCAUCACCCGCGCGUUGCUGGUCAUCUGCGGCAGCAACCUGGAGAACAGACUUCUGCAGCAGGAGGCCCUGUUGCGGAGUUUGUACGAGACAGCGAUGCGCAUCAAAGACACCAAAGACUCCAUGAAGAUGACCGUGCUGGGGCAGGAGCUCAGUGUCAUCAACGACAUGCUCAACAACCGCUGUACGUCGCUGCCGUUGUCACCGUCCCUCGCAGUGUCGUGCCUAGAGGUUCAGUUCUGCUCGUACUACAACAGCUUCACCAUCCCCCUGCGUCUUGCCUUCAGGAGCGUCGAGCCUGGCACCAGCAACAUCCACGCUAUAUUUAAGGUUGGAGACGACCUGAGACAAGACAUGCUGGUCAUCCAGAUGAUCAGACUCAUGGACAGACUGUGGCUGAAGGCAGGACUUGAUCUCAAGAUCGUCACCUUCAACGUCGUGCCUACGGGGUACCGGUCUGGUAUCAUCGAGCUUGUGAAAGAAGCAGAAACACUUCGGAAGAUCCAGACGGAGUACGGCGUAACAGGCGUGUUCAAAGACCGACCUAUAGCCGAGUGGCUUGCAAAACAAAACACGUCUGCUUUGGAAUACCAGCGAGCUGUUGAAAACUUUACUGCAUCUUGUGCUGGAUACUGUGUUGCUACGUACAUCUUAGGCAUUUGUGACAGACAUAACGAUAAUAUUAUGCUCAAAACAACCGGUCAUCUUUUCCAUAUCGACUUUGGAAAGUUUUUGGGCGAUGCACAAAAGUUCGGUAACAUCAAAAGAGAUCGAACGCCCUUCGUGCUCACAGCCGACAUGGCCUAUGUCAUCAAUGGGGGUGACAAACCUUCUGACAAGUUCCACAGAUUUGUUGAUCUUUGUUGUCAAGCUUUCAACAUUAUACGCACCAACGGACACUUGCUGCUCUAUCUCUUUGCCCUGAUGGCGAGCAGCGGUGUGGGCGGCGUGUCGUGGGGCUCUGUGAUGUUCGUGCAGAAGGCGCUACAGCAGGACCACAGCCCGCAAGAAGCUGGCGCCUUCUUUGCCAGGAUGAUACAAGAUUCUCUUAAGUCUUGGUUCACUCAGGUGAACUUCUUCAUCCACAACCUGGCACAACUCCGGUACUCCGUGAACGAUCCGAGCAGCCCUGAAGUGGUAGACCCAGGGUGUGGACAGUUGUUGUCAUUUAUACCUCGCAUCUACACCAUGGCAGACGAUGGUCGUAUCGGCCGAGUGUCUGUGUACAAUUUCCAGAAACGUUACGACCCAAACAAGUUCUACGUCUACAUCUUGAGAGUGGACAGACUCAACCAUAGGGAACCUUCGUACCUCUUCCGAUCCUGGAAGGAGUUCACUGAGUUCCAUGCGCGGCUUUGUCUGCUCUUCCCUUUUGUGCCACUACACAGCCUGCCCCGCGGAGUGCUGAUGGGUCGGUCAGAAGUGAGUGUUGUCACUCGUCGCCGCAUGACGUGCAUCGAAAAUUUUCUGAAGCAACUUUUCUCCCUGGAAGACGAGGUCGCUCAUUCAGACAUCGUCUACACGUUCUUGCACCCGCUACUCCGGGACCAGGAAGACACCGACAUCCAUAUCACCAAACUAAAGAAGCCUGAGAUUUCGCUGGCUCCAUUGGACGACCCGAGCAGCAUAGGACGUGGUCAAGUCAAAGUGAACUUGCAGUACCAGCGAGGCCAGCUACAGAUAAUGGUUCAGUUCGCUCGCAAACUUGCUCUUCUUGGUACCAUUGAACCUUCUCCCUACGCCAAGCUCUACCUACUACCAGAUCCAGCCAAGCUCACCAAGCGUAAAACGAGAGUCUGUAAAAAGACAUGUCAUCCCACCUUCAUGGAACAGAUAACCUAUCGCAUGACCCUGGACGUGGUGCAGCAACGGACCCUGGAGAUCUCCAUCUGGAGUGAAGACAUGCUGAGGGAAAACACCUACCUUGGCUCCUGCUACCUCCCCCUCUCUGGUCUGCAACGAGAUCAAGAGAUAUCUGAGUGGCUCUCACUCGAACACAACAUCCGAACUGCCAGAGACCAUGUACUCUAUUCAACGUAGUGAGCUACUUCACAUAGUCUACGUCUCUCACUCGAACACAACAUCCGUACUGCUGGAACACAACAUCCGAACUGCCAGAGACCAUGUACUCUAUUCAACGUAGAGAGCUACCUACUUCACAUAGUCUACGACUGUUGCUCGAACACAACAUCCGUACUGCUCGAACACAACAUCAGAACUGCCAGAGACCAUGUACUCUAUUCAACGUAGUGAGCUACUUCACAUAGUCUACGACUGUUGCUCUAACACAACAUCAGAACUGCCAGAGACCAUGUACUCUAUUCAACAUAGUGAGCUACUUCACAUAGUCUAUGACUGUUGCUCGAACACAACAUCUGUACUGCCAGAGACCAUGUACUCUAUUCAACGUAGAGAGAUACUUCACUUAGUCUAUGACUGUUGCUCGAACACAACAUCCGUACUGCCAGAGACCAUGUACUCUAUUCUACGUAGUGAGCUACUUCACAUAGUCCUAUGACUGUUGCUCGAACAUAAUAUCCGUACUGCUCGAACCCAACAUCCAAACUGCCAGAGACCAUGUACUCUAUUCAACGUAGAGAGCUACUUCACAUAGUCUAUGACUUGCUCGAACACAACAUCCGUACUGCCAGAGACCAUGUACUCUAUUCAACGUAGUGAGCUACCUACUUCACAUAGUCUAUGACUGUUGCUCGAA